AUGUCUUCCAAGAUCAUCGUGCUUGGAAGUGUGAAUUGCCAGCUGCAAGCGGUAUUCACCAAACUUGCCAAAUUGCAGGCGAAACAGAACUUUGCAUUUGCAAUCAUUGUUGGCAAUCUCUUUGGCGACAGCUCAACAGAGACUGAGCUGAAUGAGAUCUCUGGCUUGCUCAACGGCAGCAUCAAUGUUCCUUUACCGACCUACUUCACUGUCGGUGACAAGCCACUGCCAACCCGCAUCGUGGAGAAAAUUGAGGCCGACGACGAGGUCUGCCCUAACUUGUACUUCCUUGGAAAGCGAGGCACUCUGAAGACUUCAGAAGGCAUUCGCAUUGCUGCCCUCGGCGGUACCUUGGGCAGCAGCACAGACGCCCAGUCCAAGCCGGAGUCAAAUGCCAGUGGCAAGUUCCAGACCACAUACAGCGAGUCUGAUGCUCGCGCGCUCUACGGAACCCACAGCGCAGAUAUUCUUAUCACCAACCAAUGGCCCAAGGGAAUCCGCUUCGGCUCUAAGGUGGACUUGCCCGAAGACAAGAGCCUCCUACCAGCUGAAGCUCAAUGCGUGUCCGACAUUGUCGCAACCCUCAAGCCCCGUUACCACUUCUCCGUCUCAGACGGCUUCUUCUACGAGCGCGAGCCAUUCUUCCACAUGCCAACCGAAGACAACCCCGACGCCAAACCGCUAACCCGCUUCAUCUCCCUGGCAUCCUUCGGCGGCAAGCAAAAAGCAAUGUACGCCUUCUCAAUCGACCCCAAAGCAGCACCCCCAAUCACAGUCCCAGCCGGUGUAACCGCCUCACCACUCUCUGCGCCCCAGACCAAGCGCAAGGGUCUCCCACCCCAACGCGAAUCAUUCCACCGUUUCGCCGCCCCAGAGGAAGACAGACCACGCAAGCGCCAACGUGCCCCACCCCCAGGCCCAGGCGAAUGCUUCUUCUGUCUGGCAAACCCAAACCUCGCAACGCAUCUUAUCACCUCAAUCGGCAGCGAAGCCUACCUAACAACCGCCAAAGGCCCCCUCCCACCAAACAAUUACUUCCCAGACCUGGGUUUCCCAGGCCACAUGCUCAUAAUCCCAUUCAGCCACUCACCCACCAUCACUUCAAUUCCGGAUCCGGAGACCCGUACCAGCACAUAUAACGAAAUGCAGCGCUACCGCUCUUCCCUUCACCAAAUGAUCACAGAUCGCUCAGGCGGGAAACUCGGCGCCGUCACUUGGGAAGUCAGUCGCGGAAGUGGAAUCCACAUCCACUGGCAAUUCCUCCCCAUGCCAUCCGAUCUCAUUCGCGGCGGGUUAGUUGAGGCAGCUUUCAAAGUCGAAGCUGAGAAUCUCUCAUAUCCCCGAUUCACAGCUACAUCCGCCUCAUCGGACGGAUCUACCGAGCCGGGUGAUUUCUUCCGCGUGUGGAUCUGGAGUGGCCCUCAAGCUCAAAGCGAAGGCGAGAAGCCAGACGGGGAGGCAGAGAAGAGUGAGGCGGUAGAGAAAACGCUCUUACUUGAGCUCACGCCUGAUUUUAGAUUUGACUUGCAAUUUGGAAGAAGGGUCAUGGCGAAGCUGCUUGAGUUGGAUAAGAGGAUGAAUUGGAAGGAUGCGACCCAGGCGUAUGAAGAGGAGGAGGGUGACGCAAAGGCAUUUAAGGAGGCGUUUAAGAAGUAUGACUUCUCUUUGGAAGAGUAG